AUGUUGCACGAAGUGUUGCUGGCUCUCUCCGGCCAUCCAUCGCCACUAUUCGGCGACCAAGAAGCUACCGAGACGGGUAACGGAGACUUCCCUUUGCUGUCGCCGUCCGAGGGGGCUCUACUACGCUCACUUGGCAAGCUCUCACAGCUGCAUCGCAAGCUAAAGCGACACCUUGAGACGAUACGAAAGGCACAUCAGUCAGUGAUAUGCCGAGCAGUGGCAAGCUCGAUCGAGCAGAAGCAUCUGGGCCGGUUUCAGCAGCGUAUCCUCGAUGUCGAAGAAAGAAUCUUGAAGAAGGACUCGAUCAUUGUUGGUGCAUAUGAGAUUGUACCCCUUGCUAGUGUGGUCGGUGAGUUCGACGAUUGGCACCGACGGAUGGCAUGGUAUUGGGAAGUGGCGUAUUUCAUGUCUCCAGUCAAGGCGCCGGACCAGUUUUCUUCGUCACGAUCAACCGUGAAUUGCACGAGCGCUGAACUCAUCGACAAACUCAGGUCCGAAACGCUCACUGGCUUCCACGAGAUUGAGCAGGCCGCCAUCGAGCUUGUGAAAGUUGCCGAGACAGCUUGGUUGAGGCAAUUGUCUUCAUGGAUCAUACAUGGCAAGCUACCCGCCUUCGGAGCGAAAGACUUCUUCAUCCAGCCAGAAGGCGCAGAAAGGGAGCACUUUCGAAGAGACUUGACCCUGUUACCGGAGUUCGUAUCUCAUUCCACCGCCGCCUCUAUGCUCUUCAUUGGAAAGUCCCUCCACCAAGUCCAACACCACCAGCGUCACAAUCUAGCAACAGCGGCCACACAGAGGCAAUACGAUGGAGCAAGUCUGGCGCAGACACACCUUCAACUCCUUGCAUCGCUGACCCUACCCAUGGUCUCGUCUCAGCUAGCACGAACCGUAGCCGACAUCAGAUUGUCUUUGUCACAGAACGUACUGCAGCAUCUGCUACCGAGCAACACCACUGCGGAUACUUUCGCUUGCUUGCGGCAAUUUCUGCUGUUGAGCCGCGGCGAAUUUGGAGAGGCGUUGAUUAUCGAAGCGGAGGCCCGACUGCAAGCCAGGCAACAGAAUAUCAGCCGAAGCCUGCAAGCGGACCCUGUCAAGGCUCUCCAAGGUCUACAGAUCAAGGACAUCGAACUACGCCAAGUACUACAGCAAGUGUGGAAGACGCUGGCCGCCGAAGACCAAAGAGAUGUAGAUGUUGUGCUGGAGUCGGCUCGGAAGCACAUCACGUUGACGACUGCGAAGACUGAGACGGGCACAUCAUCAGAUUUGGGUAUUGUCGGCGGCGUGCAUGUUCACAUCUCAGGCGUGGCGUUCAACGACCUUCUAUUCCCCGCUGCGACGGAGCUCACUUUCACCGUACAGCCCCCGCUAGAUCUGCUGCUCUCGGCCCACGAUAUCAGCAACUACUCCGUCAUAAGCUCAUACCUGCUCGCCAUAGAGCGCAGCCACUUCCGGUUGAUUGAUCUCUGGAGACGAAGUCCGGCGCGGCGAGUUCAUCCAUCGUCGUCCAUGAAUGAUACAGAGUCUCGACAACGGAGCAAUCAAAGAGCAACAGCCCUGAGAAAAGUCUGGGCUACUUGCAGCGCCGCUACAUUCCUCCUUGCAGAAACAGCAGCUUUCUUCGAAGCCGAAGUCGUCCGAGGAUACUGCAAUCACUUUCAAGAAUGGAUAGAAGCGGCGCCUGCAGAAGACAGUACCGAGCACUCGGGCUUCAGUGAUGAGAACAGCACUAGAGCACAACGCGACCCUGAGACCUUGGCCUCCGGCCACCGCAUCUUCCUCGCGGCUUUACUGUAUGCAUUGCUACUCACAGAUGAGCCAUUCACCCGCGAGCUGCGCUCGUUACUCGGCAAUAUCGACCAUCUCAUCGCUUUCUUCGUCCGACUGUUCGAUAUUCAUCACACUCUCGACCUCGAGCGGGACGCUGGUCGCGAGAGCGCGCAUAUGCUCGAAGAGGAGGCAAGGAUUGGUCUUGAGCUGGAUCGUGCAAGGAAGAGAGUGGAUAGCGAUAUGAAGUCUGUCGUUCAUCGGCUACGAGAAUUGAACCAGGAAAGGACUGGGUCUCUGCGGUAUCUGGACGUCAAGCCGAGCGAUAGAGUUGAUUUCGAGGUCUGGAAGAGUGGAGGUGUCGACAGACUUCUGAUGAAGCUGGAGUUUGGGACUGACGUUACGUCUAGCGAUGAUGACAGUGCUUGA